AGAGGGAGGUGACAGGGAUGUCGGCGCCUACAGUAACCGUUUUCAUCAGCAGCAGCCUCAACAGCUUCCGCUCUGAGAAGCGGUACAGUCGCAGCCUCACCAUCGCGGAGUUCAAGUGUAAAUUGGAGUUGGUGGUGGGCAGCCCUGCAUCCUGCAUGGAACUCGAGCUGUAUGGAGUUGAUGACAAGUUCUACAGCAAGCUGGAUCAGGAGGAUGCACUGCUGGGCUCCUACCCUGUAGACGACGGCUGCCGCAUCCACGUCAUUGACCACAGUGGUGCCCGCCUUGGGGAGUAUGAAGACGUAUCCAAGGUGGAGAAAUACAAGCUCUCACAAGAAGCCUAUGACCAGAGGCAAGACACAGUUCGCUCCUUCCUGAAGCGCAGCAAGCUGGGCCGGUACAAUGAAGAGGAGCGGGCACAGCAGGAGGCUGAGGCCGCCCAGCGCCUGGCUGAGGAGAAGGCCCAAGCCAGCACCAUCUCCGUGGGCAGCCGCUGUGAAGUGCGGGCACCUGGGCAGUCCCCUCGCCGGGGUACUGUCAUGUUUGUAGGACUUACAGAUUUCAAGCCUGGCUACUGGAUUGGUGUCCGCUAUGAUGAACCAUUAGGGAAAAACGAUGGCAGUGUGAACGGGAAACGCUACUUCGAAUGCCAGGCCAAGUAUGGCGCCUUUGUCAAGCCAGCAGUUGUGACAGUGGGGGACUUCCCAGAGGAGGACUAUGGGUUGGACGAGAUGUGAUGCCCAAGGAAGGGCAUCCCCCUGCUCCAGCUCCUGACUUGGCCACUCAUUGCCCCUCCCUGUGUGUGCCCAUGGCCCUUUUCCCUUGACCCAUUUAAUUUUAAUUCACCCUUCCUUUGCCAUUGACUUUUGAGAUUCAUGCAUUAAAUUUGCCAGAAACUCA